AUGAGUUCCCCGAGGAGAGAGUACCUGUGCAAGGUUCUGGUGGUCGGUGACCUCGGCGUCGGUAAGACCUCCAUUAUCCAGCGCUAUGUACACAACAUCUACUCGCACUGCUACAGAGCCACCAUCGGCGUGGACUUCGCGGUGAAGAUUGUGCGCUGGGAGAGGGACACGAUGGUGAGACUUCAGCUGUGGGACAUCGCAGGUCAGGAGCGGUUUGGUCACAUGACCCGGUUGUAUUACCGCCAGGCAGCCGGUGCGUUGGUGGUUUGUGACUUGGGCCGGGCCGCCACGCUACAUUCUGUCCACCGAUGGAAGGAAGAUCUGGACUCUAAAGUGUCCCUGAGAAACGGGAACCCCAUCCCAACCAUCCUGAUUGGAAACAAGUGUGACGUGGCUCCUUCUGGGGGAGGGAGCCAGGAUUUGGAGGACCUGAGCCGGGAACUCGGAUUCACAGAUUGUCACAUGACCUCCGCUAAGGAGAAUGUGAACAUCGAUGACGCAAUGUCCUGUCUCAUCAAACAAAUUAUCAGGAACAUGGAGGACUCCGGAUCUACCGAUGAUCCCGCCAUUGUAAAACCGUCUCUUCAUCAUUUCCGCUACACCGAUGGCUGCUCCCAGUGUUGCCGCUUCCAGUGA